GUGGUAGCUGGCUUGAAGUAGGGUAUUGGAUCAUACUCGUACCAAUGUCGAAUAAUCCAAGUGAAAGUGGCACAAACAACACUCAAUCAAGCGAAGAGGUCACACAAUUCAAUGCCAAACCGAAGUCCGCAGCAAUCGCUUCCAGGACGACACCGUACUCGCCUUCCAAACCAAUUCAAAUGUAGGACAUUCGGUCCAAUCUGGCGAUGCAGAGGCACGCCUGCCAUUGUCACAAGGACACUGAAAUCGAUAAUACCUCAUUUUUAUUCAAUGGAGAUAUAGUGGAUGGUAGUGAGCCUUCUUUAGUAAGGAAACAUCACCUCCAAGGUGGCUCUGUUAGGAACCAUAGCAAAUUCGUUAAUGGGGAUCUGGAUCGGGAAACCUUUCUGGCUUUUUUCUGCCAGCAAUGACAGUAUAGGCAGGUGAUAAGCCCGUCCCGAGCAGGCGAUUUCAUCGUGCUUUCUAGUAUCUUAUUGAAGGUUGUGUUUUAUUUUCUAUAACAGCUAUUGCUUUAUGUGCUAUAUGUACCAACAUAUAUAGCCAUGAUUGUUAGCCACAGAGCCCUUCC